GAGAGGUAGAGAUACAGAGAGGAAAGGAAAGGUGACCGAAGCUGGAUCAUUAAUCCUAAGCACUUUGUUUUGACAAAUAGCAGUGAGAGACACCGAGAGAAAGAGCAAGAGAGAAAGAGAGAAAAAAGAGAGGGAGUGAGAGAUGCUGCAGUCACUAACCAGACAGAGAGGGAGAGGAGAUUAUAUAAUAGUUAAAGGAAGCACACUGUGUUUUUUGCGCCGUGGUUUGGAUUAGCAGCUAGCAAGAUCAUUGCGUUUCUAUGAUUUCUCUUUCCAUCAAUCUCACGCUGCACUGCUGCACAGGAUGAACGACAGAGCAGAAGAUGGAGGAGAGGGUUGGAUGGAGGAUCAGUGGGAGAAAUGGUUGACCCAUGACAUAAGUUUAGAUGAAUUUGAGGACGAGGAUCUGUCAGAAAUCACAGAGAUCACGGAUGAGCGAGGCCUCAGCCUUAACUGCAAUGGAUUCGACAUCAAGGGUCAUGUGGUGCGGCCGUCCAGUAGCGUUACACGGAGGGUGGAGCCAGGCGCAGCGGGGCAUGUCUGCUCAGAGACGCUUCCCUUGGAGAUGAUCAACGGAGCAGAAGGAACCCACGCUGGAGACACACACGCUACGAGCACACGAUCUAAGGAUACAUACACCAUGGAUACGUACCGGCCCAAACGGCCCACUACACUCAACCUGUUCCCACAGGUGCCCCGCACACAGGACACACUGAACAACAACUCGUUUGGAAAGAAGUACAGCUGGCAGGAGAAAGUCUCACACUCGACCUCAGGCGAUCUGGCAUCCCGUGAGCACAUCUGUCUGAGCGAUGAGGAUAAAAUAAAAACUGAAACCAAAGACUGCGGCACGUCUACAGACAUACCCACAAAACAUCCAGCCCCUCCCAGACAGGCUACUACAUGUGUUGCCCCACCUACCAAAGCGUGUGAGCAGUCAGGGCAUCGUGACCGCAUUCGAUAUCACACGGAUGUGUGCGUAGAAGCUACUGAGGAGAUUUACCUGACUCCUGAUAGAUCAGCCCGCAUGUCGGUCAUCGCUGACGGUGAGGCUCCUCCUCCAUAUCAUCCUCCGCUGUAUGAAAAGGCGAAAUCAGCCAUCAUGGAUGAGGAAGAGGAGGAGCCUCCGCCAUCAUACGCCUCCUGUGUGGCAGCUUCUGCAUCACUUGGUCUCAGGAGCAGGAGAACUAGAAACAGCAGAGGAAGUGCAGAGCUCAGGAGGAGAGGAAGGAAGUUAGAAGAAGUGGAGGAUGAAGACGAAGAGGAUACGAGGAUUUCUUCAAACGGACUGUCGUACGAUUCAGUUAAAUACACUCUUGUGGUUGACGAAGAUGCACAGCUAGAGCUCGUGAGCCUGAAAGAGUGCUUUCACAGCUACAGUGAUGACAGCGACUCAGCCACGGUCUACGAUAACUGCGUCUCAUCACCAUACGGUGAGGAAUUUGAGGAAGAGGAAGUGGAUGUAAAUGAAGUACACACUGCCAGAGGGGCAAGAAGGGGCGGGGCCAGGCGGGAAGCCACUGCUUGCUUAUCAGAAGAAUCCACACCCGAUGCAGAUGUUCCAUUUUCCAAAAAGUUCCUUAAUGUUUUUAUGAAUGGGCGAUCCCGCUCUUCCAGUUCAGAGUCAUUUGGUUUGUUUUCCUGCAUUGUAAAUGGAGAAGAGAGAGAUCAGAGUCAUCGGGCAGUGUACAGGUUUAUCCCUCGGCAUGAGGAUGAGCUGGAGAUAGAAGUGGAUGAUCCUUUACUAGUGGAGGUUCAGGCAGAGGAUUUCUGGUACGAAGGCUACAACAUGCGCACCGGAGCCCGAGGGAUAUUUCCUGCAUACUACGCCAUGGAAGUGACCAAGGAGCCCGAGAAGAUUAAAAAAGUGAGAAGUGCAGACUGGCUGGAGAGGUACAGCCUGAAAUUCCUCGGCUCGGUCCAAGUGCCCUACCACAAAGGCAAUGAGGUGCUCUGUGCAGCUAUGCAGAAGGUCGCCAACAACAGGAGAAUGACUCUGCAUGAUAACCCUCCUUCAUCCUGCAUAUUGGAAAUCAACAUGAAAGGAGUAAAACUCUUAGUGCAGGAUGACUACGGAGUAUAUGACAGAAAUAGUCAGUGCAGUCACUUUUUCCAGCUGAAGAACAUCUCGUUCUGUGGCUACCAUCCAAAAAACAAUAAGUACUUUGGCUUUAUCACAAAACACCCAGCAGAUCAGAGAUUCGCCUGCCACGUGUUUGUGUCUGAAAACGCCACUAAGGCCCUUGCAGAGGCUGUGGGAAAAGCAUUCCAGCUGUAUUAUAAAGAGUUUGUUGAGUUUUCAUGCCCUACAGAAGACAUCUAUCUGGAAUAAACACAGAUGCACGUACAGACUUACAGAAGGACUGUUUUGCAUGAAGGGAAAUGAGGCAGUAACAUAACUAACACUAACACAGGAGGAUCAUGUGGAGAGCAGUUAUCUGCUUUGUGGAUUUUAUAGCAAGAGACCAGAAGAAGUGUUGAAUUUUGGUUUGGACUUCAUAUCACUUACUCACAUGAGACUGAACCUUAAUCAUUGCCUCUGAGGUUUAGAAGGACUCUAUGACCACACCAGGCAAGCCUGGGGCUAAAACUCAUUGUUUUGUACUUCACUGAUAUUAAUGACGCCACAGAAACUCAGAAUAGAUUAUUAGUUUCAAAAUGUAAACAUUAGUAGCUUGUAGCAGAGGUUUUUCUCCACAGCAAAAUUUGAAACAAAAAUGAUCUCCAGGGAAUCAGACAGUUUAUCAUUAUUACACAAGAAAGCAACCCUUCGUACAUUAUUGUGCACAUUUCUGGCCACAAGCUUCAGAAUAUUGCAGGUCUUAUAUUCUGCAGGAAUUGCAGGAAUGUUAUAGUGGCCCUCCAGAACAUGGUCACCAGAUUUGUACUGUUUUGUUUUAAAGCAUUUGAUUACUCAUUGAUUUGUAAUAUUUCAAGUCAAAAAUCCUCUUAGAGUAAGCUUCUUGAUGACGAAAGAAAUCAGUUGAAUAAGGGUAGUUUGGCGCUAACAUUACAUGGAAAUAUUCCAUCAGAAACAUACAGACGUUAAACCUUGUUGCGCAGAGACUUCUUAGACAGGAAAACCCUAUGUCCCUGAGCUACAGUGACUCUAGAGACAAAUACUUUAUGUCAGGGGGCACAGAAGAGCCGGUUUCUGGAUUGUAAGGCUGCCUAUUUUUAUUUAAUUUUAAUAUUUAAUAUCAUUUUAAUAUUUAGAGUUGCUAUUGUGGUCAGUCUACUGGAGCUAGCUGAGUAAAUCGCCUCUUAAUUCACCCAGUUCAUCAGCAUCAAAACCGCAGUUCUAAAUCAUCACACAACCACACACACACACACACACACAAGCCUCAGACUACUUAACAUUGAAUAAGGAGUCUUUAAUAAGGAGUCAAUAAGGAUUGAAUAAGGAGUCAAUAAUGAGAAACAGCAGUAGGGGUUAUUCUGAAGAUGAAAACAGGCAGGUUGUUUAGGUGGAACUGCGCAUUUGAAGGGAUUCAGAGGUUAAUACUUUUCCUUAUUUAAUAUAUAAAUUCUAACGUAAUAUAAGAAUUAUGGACAAAUUUUGUACCCAACAGGUGCAGUCAGUUGUGGCUCUUCCUCCUGCGCCUCGCGGAAGUCCUGCUACUGACGGAGAUAAAUGACACAAAUGCGUGAUGUAGUCAAAAAUCAUUUUAUUAGAAGAUGAUAAAGAAGAAUUAUUGCUUUUACAAUGAGAACAGAUUUGUUUUAUUUUAAUUAGCACACAAUCCUUUAUCAUCUAAGAAGAUUUUAAAGGUCAAAGUGGUUUUAAUUUCACGUUGUCUUUCGAUAUCGAAAAAAACUGACUUCUAUGGAUAAAAUGGUGCUAAAGGAGAUAAAUGUGUAUUAAGUUGGAGAUGAGAGACGGAUGGACGAGCUAGGAAGAUUCCACAAAGCUAAACUAAUGGCUAUUUUUUGCUUUUUGUUUAAAUCAGAACAGGAGCAUACAGAGCUGAGAUUUAAACAGAACAUACUUCCUGUUUAAAGUUAUUUUUUGGGAAGCACAUUUCACUAUACAGUAAGUUCACUUUAUUUCCUAUAGUGCCUUUUUUCAUUAUUGAGUUUCCCAAUCAUAAUUCUGGCCCUUGAAUGUGUGUUUAAUUUAACGGUUGUUUUUUGCAUGCAGGGUCAGAGAAGAAAGGAGUGUUUAGAGACAGGUGUAUGUCCUGUCACUGAUUUUACAAGGGCUAAGAGAAUAUAUAUAUUUCAGAUUGACAUGCGGAUGCGAAGUGUCAUUUUGAUUUACCCAUUACAAUGUGUCAUUCUAUAAACCUUUUAUUAUGCAAUUUUUUCCCGAAAAGAAUUUGAUCUGUGUUUGGGAGUGUUUUGUUGUUGGUGUUUUCAUUCCUUGCUCCAUGAAAUUCCUCCACAACCAGCAGGAUGAACUCCUGAGUUCAUUGUCAUAAGCCAUUUUGUAAAAUAUGAAUAUACUUUCUGAAAUGUAAAUUUUAUUCUGGAAUUAAACAAUGACAAUUAAAAGCUUUCUCUUCUCUC